GUGGCAGAGCUGGAGCCACCGAGGGCUUUUGCACCGGCGCGCUCCGCUUCUCCGGGUUUUAGCAGAAGCCUGCGGGGGGCGGGGGGUUGCGUGUGUGUGUGUGGGGGGGUAACCGCGAAACCCGGCAGCCUUGGGCGCGCGAGUGGGGAGCUCUCGCGCCGCGCAGGGCUCUCUCCCCGGUUGCAGUUGCUGAGGAGAUGCUGGAGCGCGGCACCCGGCUGCUCCACCUGGCGCGCUGAGCACCUUGCGGGCAGACCCCGGGGGCCGGCGGUGGGGGGGUGCAGACUGCGGUAGAAUGCACGCAGGGCUCCUCCGGCUCUGCGAGACGUCGCUCCAGCUCGGUCAGGUGCCGGGGGCCCGCCGCUCGCCACUCCACUAACUUGCCACUUGGUCGUGCCUGGUCUCCGAGGCUCGCUACGCUUUGGGUGGUGGGGGGCGGGGAGAGUGGGGAGUUAGAGGGUCUGCGGUAGCCGAAGGAGGGAUCCUACCAGGGGGAGCCUGCCUGGUGCCGCUCUUCUUCCCCUCCCUGUAACUCCCCUCCCCCCCAACCCGUCGCUGCCGCUUUCCCUUCCGCCAAUUCCGAGAGCGACGGGCGCCUGUGACAUGCGAACGCUGCCAAGUGACGGUCCCCGAGUCUGAAGUGCCCGCGAGGAAGUGAGCGCCAACACGGGCCGCCGGCGAUGACAGCCAUGAAGCAGGAGCAGCAGCCCACCCCGGGGGCCAGGGCGAGCCAGGCGCAGCCGGCGGACCAGGAACUGGGAAGUAACAGCCCACCACAGAGAAACUGGAAGGGAAUUGCUAUUGCUCUGCUGGUGAUUUUAGUUGUAUGCUCACUCAUCACUAUGUCAGUCAUCCUCUUAACCCCAGAUGAACUCACAAAUUCAUCAGAAACCAGAUUGUCUUUAGAAGACCUCUUUAGGAAAGACUUUGUGCUUCACGAUCCAGAGGCUCGAUGGAUCAAUGAUACAGAUGUGGUGUAUAAAAGCGAGAAUGGACAUGUCAUUAAACUGAAUAUAGAAACAAAUGCUACCACAUUAUUAUUGGAAAACACAACUUUUGUAACUUUCAAAGCAUCAAGACAUUCAGUUUCACCAGAUUUAAAAUAUGUCCUUCUGGCAUAUGAUGUCAAACAGAUUUUUCAUUAUUCGUAUACUGCUUCAUAUGUGAUUUACAACAUACACACUAGGGAAGUUUGGGAGUUAAAUCCUCCAGAAGUAGAGGACUCCGUCUUGCAGUACGCGGCCUGGGGUGUCCAAGGGCAGCAGCUGAUUUAUAUUUUUGAAAAUAAUAUCUACUACCAACCUGAUAUAAAGAGCAGUUCAUUGCGACUGACAUCUUCUGGAAAGGAAGAAAUAAUUUUUAAUGGGAUUGCUGACUGGUUAUAUGAAGAGGAACUCCUGCAUUCUCACAUCGCCCACUGGUGGUCACCGGAUGGAGAAAGACUCGCCUUCCUGAUGAUAAAUGACUCUUUGGUACCCACCAUGGUUAUCCCUCGGUUUACUGGAGCAUUGUAUCCCAAAGGAAAGCAGUAUCCAUAUCCUAAGGCAGGUCAAGUGAACCCAACAAUAAAAUUAUAUGUUGUAAACCUGUAUGGACCAACUCACACUUUGGAGCUCAUGCCACCUGACAGCUUUAAAUCAAGAGAAUACUAUAUCACUAUGGUUAAAUGGGUAAGCAAUACCAAGACUGUGGUAAGAUGGUUAAACCGACCUCAGAACAUCUCCAUCCUCACAGUCUGUGAGACCACUACAGGUGCUUGUAGUAAAAAAUAUGAGAUGACAUCAGAUACAUGGCUCUCUAAGCAGAAUGAGGAGCCCGUGUUUUCUAGAGAUGGCAGCAAAUUCUUUAUGACAGUUCCUGUUAAGCAAGGGGGACGUGGAGAAUUUCACCACAUAGCUAUGUUCCUCAUCCAGAGUAAAAGUGAGCAAAUUACCGUGCGGCAUCUGACAUCAGGAAACUGGGAAGUGAUAAAGAUCUUGGCAUACGAUGAAACUACUCAAAAAAUUUACUUUCUGAGUACUGAAUCUUCUCCCAGAGGAAGGCAGCUGUACAGUGCUUCUACUGAAGGAUUAUUGAAUCGCCAAUGCAUUUCAUGUAAUUUCAUGAAAGAACAAUGCACAUAUUUUGAUGCCAGUUUUAGUCCCAUGAAUCAACAUUUCUUAUUAUUCUGUGAAGGCCCAAGGGUCCCAGUGGUCAGCCUACAUAGUACGGACAACCCAGCAAAAUAUUUUAUAUUGGAAAGCAAUUCUAUGCUGAAGGAAGCUAUCCUGAAGAAGAAGAUAGGAAAGUCAGAAAUUAAAAUCCUUCAUAUUGACGACUAUGAACUUCCUUUACAGUUGUCCCUUCCCAAAGAUUUUAUGGACCGAAACCAGUAUGCUCUUCUGUUAAUAAUGGAUGAAGAACCAGGAGGUCAAUUGGUUACAGAUAAGUUCCAUAUUGACUGGGAUUCCGUACUCAUUGACAUGGAUAAUGUCAUUGUAGCAAGAUUUGAUGGCAGAGGAAGUGGAUUCCAGGGUCUGAAAAUUUUGCAGGAGAUUCAUCGAAGAUUAGGUUCAGUAGAAGUAAAGGACCAAAUAACAGCUGUGAAAUUUUUGCUGAAACUGCCUUACAUUGACUCCAAAAGAUUAAGCAUUUUUGGAAAGGGUUAUGGUGGCUAUAUUGCAUCAAUGAUCUUAAAAUCAGAUGAAAAGCUUUUUAAAUGUGGAUCAGUGGUUGCACCUAUCACAGACUUGAAAUUGUAUGCCUCAGCUUUCUCUGAAAGAUACCUUGGGAUGCCAUCGAAGGAAGAAAGCACUUACCAGGCAGCCAGUGUGCUACAUAAUGUUCAUGGCUUGAAAGAAGAAAAUAUAUUAAUAAUUCAUGGAACUGCCGACACAAAAAUUCAUUUCCAACACUCAGCAGAAUUAAUCAAGCACCUAAUAAAAGCUGGAGUGAAUUAUACUAUGCAGGUCUACCCAGAUGAAGGUCAUAACGUAUCUGAGAAGAGCAAGUAUCAUCUCUACAGCACAAUCCUCAAAUUCUUCAGUGAUUGUUUGAAGGAAGAAAUAUCUGUGCUACCACAGGAACCAGAAGAAGAUGAAUAAUGGACCAUAUUUAUACAGAACUGAAGGGAAUAUUGAGGCUCAAUGAAACCUGACAAAGAGACUGUAAUAUUGUAGUUGCUCCAGAAUGUUAAGGGCAGCUUAUGGAGAUGUCACUGGAGCAGCACGCUCAGAGACAGUGAACUAGCAUUUGAAUACACAAGUCCAAGUCUACUGUGUUGCUAGGGGUGCAGAACCCGUUUCUUUGUAUGAGAGAGGUCAAAGGGUUGGUUUCCUGGGAGAAAUUAGUUUUGCAUUAAAGUAGGAAUAGUGCAUGUUUUCUUCUGUUAUCCCCCUGUUUGUUCUGUAACUAGUUGCUCUCAUUUUAAUUUCACUGGCCACCAUCAUCUUUGCAUAUAAUGCACAACUCAUCAUCUGUCCUACAGUCCCUGAUCUUUCAUGGCUGAGCUGCAAUCUAACACUUUACUGUACCUUUAUAAUAAGUGCAAUUCUUUCAUUGUCUAUUAUUAUGCUUAAGAAAAUAUUCAGUUAAUAAAAAACAGAGUAUUUUAUGUAAUUUCUGUUUUUAAAAAGACAUUAUUAAAUGGGUCAAAGGACAUGUAGAAAUGUGGAUUUCAGCACCUUCCAAAGUUCAGCCAGUUAUCAGUAGAUACAAUAUCUUUAAAUGAACACACGAGUGUAUGUCUCACAAUAUAUAUACACACGUGUGCAUAUACAGUUAAUGAAACUAUCUUUAAAUGUUAUUCAUGCUAUAAAGGGUAAAUGUUUGAUGAAUUAGAAGAGAUGCUCUUUUCCAAGCUAUAAUGGAUGCUUUGUUUAAUGAGCCAAAUAUGAUGAAACAUUUUUUCCAAUUCAAAUUCUAGCUAUUGCUUUCCUAUAAAUGUUUGGGUUGUGUUUGGUAUUGUUUUUAGUGGUUAAUAGUUUUCUAGUUGCAUUUAAUUUUUUGAAUAUGAUACCUUGUCACAUGUAAAUUAGAUACUUAAAUAUUAAAUUAUAGUUUCUGAUAAAGAAAUUUUGUUAACAAUGCAAUGCCACUGAGUGCUAUUUUGCUCUUUUGGUGGAGAAGCCUUUUUUCAAAACUCUUGGUCCUUUUACUUCUAUCUCUCAGUGCAGAAUCAAUUCUCAUUUUCAUUGUAAAAGCAAAUAGCUGGAUUAUUUCAUUUGCCAGUUUCUAUUUAGUAUUCCAUGCCUGCCCAAUUCAUCUGUUACUGUUUAAUUUCAAUCCUUCUGGUGAGAAUUAGAAAUGAAAUAAUUUUUAUUCAUUGGCCAAAAGGUUCACAGACAGCAGUGUUUGCUAUUUACUUUGAAUUGAAGGCACAAAAUGCAUCAAUUCCUGUGCUGUGUUGACUUGCAGUAGUAAGUAACUGAGAGCAUAAAAUAAACCUGACUGUAUGAAGUCAAUUUAAGUGAUGAGAACAUUAACUUUGGUGACUAAAGUCAGAGUAUCUUCUCACUUCACUUAAGGGAUCUUCCAGAAGAUAUCUAAAAGUCUGUAAUAAGCUUAGAAGUUCAGAUAAAUCUAGGCAGGAUACUGCAUUUUUGUGGUUUUAAAAAAGUCCUUAGGACAGACUGAAUUAUCAUAACUUAUGGCAUCAGGAGGAAACUUUAAAAUAUCAAGGAAUCACUCAGUCACCCUCCUGUUUUGUUGAAGGAUCAACCCCAAAUUCUGGGUAUUUGAGUACAUGUGAAUCAUGGAUUGGGUAUUCAACUUUUUCCCUGGAUGCUUUGGAAUUGUGUCUUCCAUGUUCCACUGGGUUCAAUUUAAAAUAGGAAAGGCUUUCUCUUCUGAAAGACCCAUUUUAGGUCUUUUUCAAGAAUAGUGAACACAUUUUUUAACAAAAUAAGUUGUAAUUUUAAAAGGAAAGUUUUGCCUAUUUUAUUAAGAGGGAAAUUUCUUUUUAGGCUAAUUUGAAAUCCAACUGAAGCUUUUUAAUCAAUAUUUUAAAUUUGAACCACUAGAGUUUUUUAUGAUGCAAAUGAUUAUGUUGUCUGAAAGAUGUGGUUUUAUUGAAUGUCUAUUUGAGUAUCAUUUAAAAAGUAUUUGCCUUUUACUGUCAUCAUUUCUCUUGUUUUAUUAUUAUUAUCAAUGUUUAUCUAUUUUUCAAUUAAUUUAAUACAGUUUCUAAUGUGAAAGACAUUUGUCUGGAACCCAUUUUCCCCUUAAACGCUAAACAGACCUCAAGUGAAAGCAUAUUGCUUAGUAGGGAGGCAGAAAAUUUUAAUCCCUGAGAUUCUUUGAGUUUUAAUGACAGGGUCAUUUUCAGUAAAGGAAAUGCUCACCAACAAAUAGUCACCAAUUAUUAAAGGAAUCAUGUGUUUGGAUUUUCCCCUUUAUACACGUACCCCUGGUCAUAAUCCCACUAUUUCAUACAUAUUUAUGCAUUGCUAGAGUUAUCUAGGACUCCAAUAGCAUGCUUUCCAAGUGUUAUUAUUCCCUUAAUGUUAAAGAAAAAAAUCAAUAUAUUGAAUUCUAUAAUAAAACAGGUAAGCAAUAUUAAAUCAUCCACAGAGAUAAACAACCUCUUGAAACUCUUUUGAAAGAGAAAAGUGUUUGUUCACCUUCAUUGCCGUCAUUAAGACCUCCAAAUACUCAGAGACUGAGGCUAUUCUCAUCUAUUUGAGUUUCCUGACAGAACUAAAGGAAGGAAUCUCUCUUCAAAAGAUGGAUCUCACUUCACUCUGAAAAUGUGCCUUUUUUUAAUUGGGUGUUUAGCAUAAAAAUCACUAUUGGGAAUCUUACAGAUGACUGUUGUAGAUCUAUUAUAAUGAGGUGACUUAGACAUUGGGCUUUACCAUAUUAGAGAAUUACUUAAGCCAUUGUCCUUCAAAUGUUGGGCUUUGAGACAGAAGUACCUUGGACUGAAUUGCUUUCAAGUCUCUAGAAUCACUGACAGCACAUGGCUUCUAUGAGGAAUUAUAUAUGAAAUACCACUUGUGUCCCUCCUCAAGUUCUCUGACCACCUUCACAUCCUGCGGCCACCAACAUUGUAUGAAUACAAUCUGGCCUCUCAGCUAUGCUCACUUUCACUUUCUGUUCUGGGGAUUCUCUGAUACUAAUUUUGACUACUUGCUAGCACCAAGAGACAAAUCGCUUACAUACUGCAAACCGAUGUGAGUGUGUUAAUAACCCACUAAAACACAAUGAAUGAAAGACCAUAGCAGGUAACUAAUCUUUCCCUCAGACAUUCUACAUGGUCCAUGAAGACUCUGUGGGCCCCAGAAGCCAUAGCUGCAUACCCUUCUCUUUUCCUCUUCCCCAUUUCACUCUUUUAAGCUCCCUACUCCUAUUGCCUAGGAUCACUUUCCAAAAUAAACAGCAGGUAUGCUAGCUGUUGUCUUAGACUCUGCUUUCUGGAAACUAUUUUUCCCCUCCACAAGAAAUUAUCACUGUGAAUAUUACAGGAGUAGAAAUAAAAUAAGAAUAAAUAAGUGGUUUAUUUUCAGGUUCGAAUAAACUCUUUCUAAUGAAAA